AUGCUAUUCCACGUCUUAUUAAAGGCUUUAUUAUUUGAGCUCUAUUUCGGGCAAGUCUAUGCUACUGUCAAUGCGACCGCAUCGAGCAACAUAAGAGCUAUAUACUUAUUCAAAGAUGUACUCAAGUCAAACACCACCGCUUUAAAAACCUCUGGCUUCAAUUCCCUUAUCAUCUUCGGUGUCGGAAUCCUCGAAAAUGGCGACAUCAUGUACUACUCGAACACCCCAGGAAGCCAAGACACGCUCAUCGCUUCUGGCGGUGCCUACGUCGGCGGCACAGCGCUAUCUGACAAGGUCCGCUCGUUCAAGGCAGGCGAUACCGGCAUCAAUCGGCUUGAGAUCUCCAUGAACGCCCAGCAUGUCCGGGAACUAACGCGCAGCCCGGGAACCGGCUCCGAGACGACGCUCUAUCGCAACUUCGAAGCGCUGAAGACAGCUUGGGCCCUCGAUGCCGUUAACAACGACGACGAGUCUAUAUACGAUGUCACUAGCACUGCGGCCUUUGCCAAAAUGCUUGGCAAAAUAGGGUAUAAAUAUACUAUUGCGCCCUAUACAAACACUGGUUUCUGGAGAAACGUGAAGACGCAGAUUAACAACGGGCUCCAAGAACCGAAUUUGCUACUUGAUAGGGCGUAUCUACAAUGCUAUGACGGUGGAGCAGGCAAUGAUCCUGGGAACUGGCAGAGUACUCUGGGCCUGAAGGUCGUGCCGCUCGUGUGGGUAACGAACGACUCCAAGCCGUCGCAGGGCAUAACAGCUACACAGGCACGGUCCAGGUUUACCAGCUGGAAUUCGCGAAGUUCUGUAGCCGGAGGGGGAUAUUGGAACGACUAUGAUAUUGAAAAGAUGGGGUUGUCAUACACGGAAUACGGAGACGUUUUGACCAGUAUUUUCCCAUAA